AUGGCGUUCGAGGACAUGCGACAGCCGCACGUUGGUGUGCAGGGAUUUAGCAUAGUCAGUGGCCUAAGUCGUCGGGGCGCGCGUCGCUCUGCAUCAUCAUCAUCGGACUCGGUCAGUAGCGUAUCUCGCAGCCGGAGCGCAGUCCGUAGUUCUUACAGCCGGAGGUCGGACCACGGUGGGCAGUUGUGCCUUGGUCACAGAAACCGCAGGUCCCGUUGCUCCAGGAGGCACAGAGAUCAGUCGGUUUCCUCGUGUUCCAGUGUGGAAUAUCGUGGUCAUUCUUCCAGGAGGGAUCGUCGCAGACGGAGACGAAGUCGUGGGAGGCGUUCUCACAGCCCUUCGCAGGUGACUAGGUCCGCGCCUGUGGUUAUGGCUCCUGACACUCCUGUGCUGCCUUCCCCUCCGGUUCCCGUUCUGGCUGCCGCCGCACUACCGCCAAGAGAUGUCACAGCUGGCGGAGUGAGGACCUUGUCUAAGAAGAAGAUGGAGAAGUGGAAGUAACCGGAAGUUUCCACAAAGACAUGC